GAGAGAGAGAGAGAGAGUAGGAAGAAAGAAACAGAGACCCAAUCUAAGGUUGAAGGAGAAGAGAGAUCAGAACAGCUCACCUCUCUUUGACAGCUGAAAACCCACCUUCCAAAUUAAUCCACUUCUCACCCUAGAAAAUCUUUAAUUUUGUUGAAGUACCAUUCAAGAAACCAUCUUGCUGCCGGCCUCUAAAACCUUGAUUUUCUCUCGCUUCUGGGUCAUCCUCCUCCCUCAGAUUCAGUGCAGGACCCGCCGAAGCUGCCUUCGUACUGGGUUCUGAGGUCUAAGUUUGGGAUUUAAGGAAAUCCAUUAUGUUCAGGCAGUCCCCGCGUAGUAGGAACCAGAGAUCUAGAGGUUUCAAGGUGAAGCAUGCCGUGCAGAUAUGCCUGCUGAUUGGAGUUGGCAUAUGGCUCCUUUACCAAGUUCAGAACUCGAACAAGAAGAAGGGUGGUUCCAUUGAAGGCAGCUCAAAAGUCUCUGAGAAGCUGAGUAACGGGGAUCAAUUUCUGAAAUUAGGUAGGAAGGGCCUUGAUCCUGGAUCAGGGGAAACAGUCAUCAAGGACCAGAGGCACAAAGAGGAAGAGGACGAAGAAGACAAUGAACAUCGCCACGACGAAAGCAAGCGUGAAGAUGGUGAGGAUAAAGGAGAGGGAGGUGAGAAUGGAGAGAACGUUGUAGAGAGAGAAAAUGAGACCGAAAGUGAAGCAAAGGAAAAGGAGAUGGACGGAAAUGAUGAGACUGAAAAAGGAGGUAACAGAGAAGAGAAGAGUGAACAAAGUGAAAGUGAAGGUGAAGACAAGGAAAUAAAAGAGGAGAAGAGCAGAGGGAAUGAUGUUGAAGAGAACAAAGAGGGGGAGAAUGAAGAAAAGGAAAAUAAGGAAGAGACCAGGGGGGCUGACCACGAAGAGAAAGAGAAGGAAGAAAGCAAAGAAGUCCAGACUGAAGAAAAGGAGGGGCAAGAUGAGAAGGUUGAGGAUUCGGGCACAUCUGAUCAACCUGAUGAUCAGGUUAGCAAUCGAACUGAUGGGACGAAUGAAGGGGCAGGAAGCGAAGAUCGUAAAGAAGGGGUUUCCUCUGCUGGAGCUGUCGAGGAUUCGAGCAAUACAACUGCAAGUGAGAAAGGAGAUGUGGAGCGCUCCAAUGGCCAAGAGCAGCCACAAGACAAAGGAGAUAAGAAAGAAGAGGAGAGCAAUACAAAUCAGAAUGAAUUGAGAACUGAACAGACUAAUCCUUCGGAUACAAUGGCCAAUGAGGGGAAGGGGAAUGAGAAGAACCCAGUUCAGACAGCGGAUAGCUCCAAUUCCAAUACAACCGGAACAGAAGAAUCGGAUCAACACCGGCAAGAGAACAAUGAAUCUGCAGCAUCUACCGGAGAAACAACAUCAUCUGAUUUCACUCCACAGCAAAAUGAAACAGGAGGAAAUGCAGUAUCUGAAGGGGAUAAUACGCAUACCGGUACAGAAGAACAAUCUGAAACAACGAACACGCCUUCCUCCACAACCGAGAACGGGGCUGAAACUUCAAUUUCAUUUCCGGAUUCAAAUGGGGAACAUGCAGUUUCUUCCAAUGAUGUUGGCUCUGUCAGUUCGGAUGGGCAGAAUGCAGAGUCCGAUGCAUCUGCAACGCGAGAGACUGAUUCUGAAUCUGCAUCCACAACAAAUGAGAGUGUUAGCACAGAUCAGCACAAGGAUUCGAAUGAUAAUUCCGGAGCAGGAGGAGCUGAAGAAAAGAUGACAAACUCGGAUAAAACCGGCAACUCAGAGACUAGCCAAACCGAAGCAGUUAAUUCAUCAUCAGCGGUCCCUCAAGACGGGAAAGAGACUACCUCACAGGCGACUGACAAUGCUCAAGUUGAUUCUUCCCAUCCUGCAGGCCAACAAGAAGGGGGAAAUGCUGCCAAAGGAUUGGAAACAUCGGCAGAAAUCAAAGCUGAAGGAAACAACAACAAUGAGUCAGUUGCAGCGUGAGUGAUGCCUCUCCACCUUCACCAGGAAUAAGGUUGGCUUAUCAUCAGAUGGCCAUCUGUAGCAGUUAAUGUUGCUUUGUCUUCUACAUCUUCCAUUUCUUCAUUUGCAGAGGUAGUCCAGCAAAGCGUGGAAAAAUUCAACCUUUGUUUUGCAGCACUACUAGUGUGGCAAAACAUGAUCUCCAGGCUGUUUGGCUUAGCCUUUUUUUCUUUUAAGGGGCUUAUAAGUUUUUAUAUUUUUUAAAUUGUGUAAAGUUUAAAAGUUGAGUUUAGUUUAAAUUCCUAAAGUGUUUAGAUAAA